AUGAUCCAUCUGUUAUUUCACAAAUUAUCUCUCGUUCUUUCAGGGUUUACCUUGGUCAUCUUGGUCCACUACUUCAUUCAUCUCCUCGCGUCGCGUCGCGCCUUCGGUCAUGUUCCUGGCCCCAGUUCCUCUUCCUUCCUGUGGGGAGAAGAGUGGGAACUUUACCACCAACCUCCUGGUGCGCCGUAUGUCGAUUGGCAUCGUCGCUUCGGUAAACUAGUAGCCUUCACUGGUGCCUUCGGUCAUCAAGUUCUUUCUGUCACAGACAUGCGAGCCAUCAGCUUUAUUCUUGGUGAAGCCGCGUACUCCUUCCCAAAACCGCAGGGAGUGCGUGCUUGGUUCAAGGCAACGCUUGGGGAAGGAAUACUUUGGGUGGAAGGUAAAAAAGAACAUGAAACUCAACGUCGAAUAUUGGCACCGGCAUUAAACCUUCAGUCUGUUCGUCAACUGACGGAUACUUUUUUUGAAACAUCUGCGCGUUUAUCUUCUCAAUGGUCGAAACUGUUAGAAGGAUCACGCGGAAAUGAAUCUGAAAUCGAAGUCACCAAUUGGGCAGGCAGAUUUGCCUUGGAUACCAUAGGGAGAGCAGCAUUCUCCUAUGAUUUUGACUGCCUUUCGGGAGAACCCCACGAUCUAGCUGACGCUCUGGAUGGUUUGACUAAUAACGAGCACAAAAGUUCAUCGUUUUACAUGCGCGCACUGUUCUGGCUUGUACCUUCAAUCUUGUUUAUUGGCAAGAAAGGCGAGAUGAUCAGAAAGGUCAAGCGUGAAUUGGGUCUGAUUGCCUCCAAAAUGUGGAAGGAUGCAAAACAUACAGGAGAGGCGAAUAAUAGAACUGUCAUGGCGAAUAUGUUGCGAUUCAACAAUUCUACCGUGAUUCAUAUGGACGAAGAAGAGAUUGUUUCCCAAAUGCGCACAGUCAUGUCAGCGGGUUAUGAGACAGUGUCUGCAGUCGUUGCGUGGAUGCUAUACGAGAUCGCCUGUCAUCCUGAUUUUCAAAACGAAUUGCGCGAUGAAAUAUGUGCCAUUCCUGAUCAUUCAUUCGACCAUUUGAUCAACGAGCUACCUCUUCUCGAUGCAGCGCUAAAAGAGACCUUACGAUUACACCCUGCAAUCCUCGAAAAUCACCAUGAGGCGUCCGAGACCGUGAUCAUGCCUCUGUCUGAAGGCCUCGCAGAAACAGGAGAGCAUUUCCUUGUUAUACCCAAAGGCACUCUUGUUGUCAUACCCGUUAAUGUCCUUCAGAUCGACAACAGUGUUUGGGGAGAAGAUGCAACGGCAUUUCGGCCUAAACGAUGGUUGGACAAGAAAAUAAGCAGCACUUUAAAAGGCCAAGAACUUCUCGCGUUUAGUGCUGGCCCUCGUUCCUGCAUUGGAAAGACUUUUGCGAUGACCGAGAUAAAGGCUUUGAUUGUUACAUUGCUUCCAAGAUUCUCCUUUAGAUGUCGGGUUGAAAUAGAGCCAUUUCAGAGUUUUGUAAUCCGACCAAGAGUGGUUGGAGAAACUGCAAGCUCCCUCCCAUUGCUGGUGAAAAAACUUUGA